AUGUCAAUCACUCUCACAAUCGAAAUAUUGCCAGUACAAAGGACAAUAUAUUUGGAUGUGGACCCAUACACAGAAGUUUGUGAUUUGUUGGAAUAUAUUUAGGAAUAGGAAUAGUAUAGAGCUUAUUUAUUUCUUAGAAUUAAUUCUGAUACAAAAGAUUGGACAUGCUAUUCUGAACUAAAGCGCAUGUUCUUAAUCCAUCAUAGUUGCUUUGGAAAUGCCAAUAAUGAUAAGCUUACCAUCAAUACUUCACCCAAUACAUUACCCAAUACAUCACCCAAUACUUCACCUAAUUAAAAAUAAAUUCAAUAGUUUUCCUACAAUCAAUAAGAUAGUAGCUAAAAAUCUCAAUAAUAUUAUAUAAGGGAAUAUAAUGGAUUUGAAGUGGCAAUGAAACCUUGGGAGUUAGUGGUCAUCAAUUUUGAAAUAACUAAUGGAGAUAGCAAAUGCUAAUUAUAGUGUACUUAUAGGGGAGAUGACAUACUUGAUGCUUUUGCUGAUACUGUGCUUGCAUAUUUAAGAGUAUCAAAAUAAAGAGCAUCUUGUGAUUUAUUUUUUAAAGGUGGUAGUAUCAAUAACUAUAAUUCACGCAUUAAAUAAAUUUGUAAGGCAUACGCUAUUGAAUCUGGAAUUACUGUAUAGGCGCGCUUGAGAUGGAUUAAAUCGAACAUAUGA